AGUUCUUGAAAAAUUAAAAUAUCUCUCUCUCUGUUCUUGUUCACUGUUCAAGUUCAAAAUUUAACCCUAAAAGAAAUUUAAACGAUGAAGACACACGAUGGUCCGAUCGAUUUAAAAGCCAAGACUAGAAAUAUUGAUGUUGAUAAUCGAUUUCCACUUCGUAACUAUUAUCGAAUCGCUGAUUCUCUUCUUAAACAGGCAAAUAUCUAUCGGGAGGAGGGAAACAUUAUUGAUUUGCAUAUUAUGCUUGUUAGGUUUUCAAGUUUGGUUGCGGAAACUAUUCCAAGCCAUCGAGAUUACCAAGUCAUACUUCCAAAGCUAAGAUCUAUGUAUAUGAAAAAACUUUCAGUUGUCAUGACUGAGCUAGAAUCUAUUAAGCCGGAUGUUGAUCGUCGAGUGGCAGAAUUGAAUAAAGCUUAUUAUGAUACUCUUGGCAUCCCUGAGAGGAUUUCUUACAAUUCAGAUUCGUAUCAUCCACAAUCUGCUCAUUCCACUAACCAGCAAAUUAUGUCUAACCUGGAGACUAGUCAGCUGUACCCAACUGGCAGAAGCACAUCUCAGGCAUCAUCGAGGCACAAAAAUAAUUAUCAGAUUGUUUCAUCAAACACCAUGCAGAUAGAGAAGCAGUUCCAGAAGCUAUCAUUCGGUCUACCUCCUCCAAAAGAGGAAACGUUAUCCAGGCAUUCGAUUUUUGGUCCAAAUGGUCUUCGGGGAAAAUGGCCGGAGCCUACUACCACAUUCAAGGUCCAAUAUCCAAGCAAAAUUGACUCAACUCCAGUGGAGAUUUCAGGACUGCAGGGUGGGCCCCAUGAUCCCGAAGUUGAUAAAUCUACAAUGGAUAUGGUUCUUGCCCUGGAUGAUGGUAGAUGGUCAAGUUCUGCAGAGGACUCAUGUUCUAGUGGUAACAUCAUAGAAGAGCUUCUUCAAGUGAAUAACAUCAGGCAACCCUCUCCUCCCCCAGUUCUUGCUGAGCUGAAGCAGCAUGAUUAUCACCCGAUACACCCAUCACAAGUUGCUGAUCCAAGACCUGGACCAGCAAAAUCUAUGCCGGAUGAGAUGUCCAACUCUAAUUCUUAUCAGCAUUUACACAUUCCUGUAAGUAUGAUGGACGCUUUCCUGAGGUUGGCGCAAGCAAAUACAAAGAAAAAUUUAGAAACAUGUGGGGUUCUUGCUGGUAAACUGAAAAACAGAGUAUUCCAUAUUACAACACUGAUAAUUCCAAAGCAGGAGGCGACUUCAGACUCUUGCUCGACGAUGAAUGAAGAAGAAAUUUUCGAGUUUCAAGACAAACUCUCCCUUUUCCCCCUUGGGUGGAUUCAUACACAUCCUUCACAGACUUGCUUUAUGUCUUCAGUUGAUCUUCAUACACAUUACUCAUACCAGAUCAUGUUACCUGAAGCAAUUGCAAUUGUCAUGGCCCCCACAGAUACUUCCAGACAGCACGGCAUAUUCCAUUUAUCUGAUCCUGGGGGAGUCUCAUUGAUUCGUAACUGUCAACAACGUGGCUUUCAUCCACAUGAGGAGCCUUCUGACGGUAGUCCUAUUUAUGAGCAUUGUUCACAUGUUUACAUGAAUCCUAAAUUGAAGUUCGAGAUUGCGGAUCUUCGUUGAGGUUGUAUGGUUUUACUCUUCUCUUGUUGUUUUUAUUAAACCUUAGUUUCAAGUGAUAACAUCAGUAAAUAUCAAAUAUAUAUUCUUGACAAACUUAUGAAGAAAGUGUGAAAUUCAACUAGCUCCAUAGUACGUAGGAGAUCCGUAGAUCACAAUGUAUGAGAAAGAAAGCCUUCAACACUGAAAUCGAUGGUUUUACUUUGGAAGCCUCGACAUCAGCUCUGUAUAUACAUUCCAUUUUCAACGGUAAACUGAUUUUGUCAGAUAAAAACUUGAAAUAAAAACAGUGAACUGAUUUUUAUCCUACA